CUCCGGGAGAUAGCACCUCUCGGAGAGGGCGGGAGGCGGGGGCGCGGUAUCAUCUUCCUCUGCACCAGCCUAGACGAGGUCGGGGAAGUCGCGGGGACCAGUCCUGCGAGGCAGGAGGACGCGCGGCUCCGCUGUGCGACCCCUGGUGCAACCCGGGAAGGUCGGCCCCGGGGAGGGCGCUCGCGAGCUCCCGCCGCUGCCUGCGGCCACCGGGGACUCACGCAGCUGGGCAGCGGGAGGAGGGGACAGCCGAGCACAGUGGUCCAGCCGCGUCCCGAAGAAGUUGGGUCCCUCCGGUGCUCCCCGCCCGCGGCCUCGCUCACGGCAGCCGCUUCUCGCUUCCCUGCAGCCGCGCCAGGACCAUGUCAGCCGAGACGGCGAGCGGCCCCACGGAGGACCAGGUGGAGAUCCUGGAGUACAACUUCAACAAGGUCAACAAGCACCCGGACCCCACCACGCUGUGCCUCAUCGCGGCCGAGGCCGGCCUUUCGGAGGAGGAGACCCAGAAAUGGUUUAAACAGCGCCUGGCCCAGUGGCGGCAGUCGGAAGGCCUGCCCUCAGAGUGCAGAUCUGUCACAGACUAAGGAGGCCCCGCACCAGCAGCUCCCCUCCGUGAGGUCCGUCUGCUGAUUCUCCUCAACUUCACCAUGCCGGUUCAACUUUUCAGUGUAAUGAUGUAUGUUCCAGUGUUAGCUGUCCUGGAUUUAACACAGUGUUGUGGUUUUUUAGCUGUACAUAACUAGAAAAUAACAACCGGAAGCUAACCUCAACUUCCAUAUAAAGCAGUGGCUUGGCUGGGAAACUCGGUGUGGCUUGCGUGUCCCUCUGGGUUGGAAUGACAGAUGGUGUGAAAGCCAUCUAAGUUUGCUUUGGACCCUCACCUCCCAAUGACAAUUUGCUUUUACCAUCCAUUUCAAAACAAGCAAGGCCUCUGUUGAAAAGAUAACAUGAUGGAGCAGGGAAGGCAUUUCCUUCUGAAUCUCCUUACCUAAGUUUUUCUCCUUAAGUUUCAUUUGACACAUUGAUGGUUGGGUGAGAAUACAGAGGUGUAUCUGAGUCAUUCAAAUUUUAUAAAACAGCUCCUUGGCAUAUAGCUGCAUUAAUUGGGAAAGAACCCCGAUGGAUUAGAAGCAACGUCAACCAAAAUGCAACUCCAGAGAUUCAAAAAGUCUUGAAUUUAUACUUUAUUUAAUGCAUUUGUUAAAUUUAUUUUGCUAAAUAAAAUGAACUGCUUUUUGUCUCCGAAAUGAUAUUCUAAA